AUGACUAUCCUCUACUUAUUUUUGAUGCUGAUACAACAACUCCAAGAAAAUGAUCCCUGGGUGAUGAAUAAGUUAAAUAUAAUAGAUGAUACAGAAGAACUAUCCACGAGUUCUAGCAACUUACAAAAUAUAAUAUUAGAGACAAGAAAUAAUGCAAUAGACGAAGCAAAAGAGAAAUUAACUUACUAUAAUAAGAUUUUUAAUUCAGCAUUAAUGUUGUAUGAAAGGGAGAAAACCAAUGAUCAAUUCGUAAAAAAUUUCGAUACCCUUUUAAAACCAUUCGCCAAAGCCAUUGAAGAAUGUGAAGAAAAACUAAAUGCCCUUACACAGCAAAAAACUUGGGGGCCAAAAAAUGGCAAGCUUUCUUUUUGGUUGCAUUGA